AUGGGCUGGGGGCCAGGGGUGGUCAGGACCCAGGUUACAGUAUUCCCACCUUGGGGCCAGAGAUCAGGGUGUGAGGGACAGAGGAGGAAAUGGGCUGGGCUCUCAUUUGCCUUUCCUCUGGAAGGGCCCGGAGAAGAGGAUGACGAUGAUGAUUAUGAGAACACAGCACCACUGUACAAGGACCUUCCUCCCAAGCCAGGCUGGAUGGCUCCACCAAGGCCUCCAAGGGCAGGAAAGAAAACAGAGAGCCCCCCACUUCCCUGCAAGCUCCCGAAGAACACAGGCCUGAACCUCACCCCUGUCACCUGCACAACUCCUCAACUGGGCACUGAUCUUGUACCUCCUCCAUCCCAGCUGCCUAUAGCCACAACUCCAGUGCCCUGGAUCAGUCAGAAGUCCGGAGGUCCUAGGUGUUACCAGGAGGAGAGACUGAUGGUGUACGUGUGUCUGCUGGUGGUGGUGUCACUGCUCAUGGGCUGCACUUGUCUGGCUGUUACCCUGAUUAAAUACCAGGAGGUGGUGGAAGAGCUGCGGAUGUUAACCUUUCAGCAGAUGGCAUGGCGAGCGAAUGUGACUGGCAUGGCGGGGCUAGCCGGCCUGAAGAAGGACAUUGACCGAGUAAGAGCUGACACCAACCAGUCCCUACUGGAACUUCGGGGCUUAUUAGACUGUACCAGGGUCACCUGCCCUGAGGGCUGGCUCCCUUUUCAGGGUAAGUGUUACUACUUCUCUCCAAGCACCAAGUCAUGGGAUGAAGCCCGGAAGUUCUGCCAGGAGAAUUACUCUCACUUGGUCAUCAUCAGUAACUUUGCUGAGCAGAACUUUGUGGCCAAGGCUCAUGGCUCUCCUCGGGUAUACUGGUUGGGGCUGAAUGACAGAAACCGUGAAGGGGACUGGAGGUGGCUGGAUGGGUCACCCAUCACUUUGAGCUUUUGGGACCCACAGGAACCCAACAACCUCCAUAAUGAGGACUGUGCCAGCAUGAACAAAGGUGGCACCUGGAAUGACCUCUCUUGCGACAAAACUACGUAUUGGAUUUGUGAGCGGAAAUGUUCCUGUUGA